ACAUGGCGGCGUUAAAGGCAUGCAGUGCUCUAAUGACGGGCCAACCGAGGCUUGGGUUUAGAAAUGGCUAAGCAACUCCUGGAGGUCCAUUGCUCAAACAUUUGUCGUGACCCAGAUGGGCCAAACUCUGAGGUGACACUGAGAGAACUGGCCAAAAAGCAUCCAAGUGUUGUCACCCUUGUGCAACUUGAUGUAGCUGAUCAAUGCAGUAUCAAAGAGUCUGCCAAAAAAGUGGGUUCUCUACUGGGAAAGAAUGGCUUGAACCUGCUUGUGAAUAAUGCUGCUAUGUUAACACAAAAAAACAUGAUGACCGCCACUGUUGAGGACAUGCAAAACGCCUUCAACACCAACGUGAUAGGACCUUUAUUUGUCAUUAGGGAGUACCUGCCGUACCGGCGUACAGCAGCUAAAGCCAAGGGCAGACCAGGGAUGUCAUGUAAUAAAGCAGCUGUGAUUAACACAUCCACAGAUUCAGCAUCUAUGAGCAUCAUGCCAGUAAUGAACGAGCCAUUCUAG